GAUAGAUUGCACGGGUAGGUUGCCAAUCAAAUCCUGCUGAUGACCAUCACCGACCCGGGCACCCAACUGAAAGUGACGAGUGAAAUGGCAUGACGGAACGGCAGUCCAGAUCAAUUAUUUCCAAGCCGAAAACUAGCAGUCCGACCCGCUCCUGCCAUCUUCCCGUUACCGCGCAAACAUGCCGACAUGAAAUGCAUCGCGAGGCCACUGCGGUUGCCUAACUGCCCUAGGGCCUUUUUCCAACUGCGCGUGUCUUCGGCGCGAAGCCUCUCGUCGAGUGCCCGCCACCACUAUCCGCAACACCAGCAACACGAUGAUCGCCAGGGCGUCAAGGACGAAGUCCCGUGGCUCGCCAAGCAGCCUCUGCACCCGCUGAGUUUAGCCGACCUGGUCAGACAUGGCCGCCCACCCCUCUCCGCAGAGGCGCUCCUGUCGUCGGCGCGCUUCACGCUGUCGCUGCUUCCGAUCCGGCUAGCACACCGGAUCCAGGCGCUCCGCAACCUUCCGUACAUUGUCGUGUCCAACCCCAACAUCAGCAAGAUCUACAACAACUACCAGCACUCGCUGUCGACGCUGCUCCCGUGGCAGGGCCGAACCAUCAGCAACCUCGACGACGAGAUCCGCUUCACCGAAGUGCUGGCCGAGCUGGUGCACACGCACACGGACACGAUCCCCAUCCUGGCCCGCGGCUUCCUCGAGUGCCGCAAGUACAUCUCGGCCGCUGAAGUGACGCGCUUCCUCGACGAGCACCUGCGCGCCCGCAUCGGCACCCGCCUCGUCGCCGAGCAGCACAUCGCCCUGCACUUCAGCAGCACCCCGCACUUCGACCCGGGCGCCAGCCCCACCCCCUGUCCCGAGCACCCCAACUACAUCGGCGUCAUCGACACGGCCCUGCGCCCCGCCGCCACCGUCGACAGCUGCGGCGGCUUCGUCGCCGACAUCUGCGAGCUCAACUAUGGCGUGCGCCCCCAGUGGGUCGUCGACGGCGAGCCCGACACCACCUUCGCCUUCGUGCCUAUGCACCUCGAGUACAUCGUCACGGAGCUGCUCAAGAACGCCUUCCGCGCCACCGUCGAGAACGGCAUGAACCGCGAGCCCAUCGUCAUCACCAUCGCCCCGGAGCCCCCGAACAUGUCGCCGCAGAAGCGGGAGACGGUCCGCCUCGACCCGCCCACGGAGCCGCGCGGCGCCUUCAGUCACGACGCCAUCGCCCCGCUCGACGACAGCGCGCCAGGCGUGACGAUCCGCAUCCGCGACCGCGGCGGCGGCAUUAGUCCCGACGUGCUGCCGCACAUCUGGGGGUACUCGUUCACGACGUUUGGCGACGACGCUGCCGACGACGUGCCGGGCGCCUGGAACGACGACGCUCUGAGCGUCAUCUCGGCCGCUAGCGGGAGCGGCAGCGGCGCGACUAGCGGCAGCAGCGGCGUGGGCAGCAGCUCCAUCGCCGGCCUCGGGUACGGCCUGCCUCUGAGUAGGGCUUAUGCGGAGUACUUUGGGGGCGGCAUCGCUGUGCAGAGCCUGUAUGGCUGGGGCACCGACGUGUACUUGAGGCUCAAGGGCGUGGGGAAGAUUGAGUAAUUGUUGUGUAGCCAGGCUAUUUUGUUAGACAGCUAUGAUAUGAAAAGUAGAUAGUCGACUUUCCGUUAGGUUAGCUCUAGACGACAAACAGUAAAGCCACCGGGAAAAAAAGGGGGGCUAUGCAGUUUGUAAAUCUACUUCCAUCUGCUCUCA